GACAUUUUAGCCUGUCAAAAUUUUUUGUCGUCCGCUCGCUCCGAUCUGAGCCUGUUAUUGUAAUUAAAUAAAAAUUUUUGUAUAACUCGAGAAUGUUUUCUGCCAACACACACUCUGUGCCCUACCUAUAUCUGGGUAAUUUUAGUCGAAAACCCCACUAUUACACAGUGAAGCGCACAAAACUUCAGGGUAAUGCCAGUGUACCACGCUUCUUUGCCGACAAAUCGAAGUCAUCCAGCAGCGUCAGCAGCAGUAACGGCAGCCCUGGACAGGGGAAGAGACAUGACCUCGUGCUGGACUUUAAGAACCUGAUCGUAAAGUCGGGUGCCAGCCUGCAAACAGUUGUUGAGAGGGCCGCUCGGAUGAAUGGCAUCUUUGACAAACAGCUGGUCAGCGAGACAAUGGCCAAGGUGACGUCGCUGUUGUCGGGAAUGAAUGAUAUACACGUCACACUCGAAGAACCAGCGGCACAAAUCGGUCGUAGCAAAAUGCAAAAUUAUAAGUUUGAAUUGGCUCUGAAUGCACCACAAGCCAACAGUAGCAAUUUAUAUCCAACUGUGAUGAGAGGUCUGCUGACACCACUAUAUUCUAGCUAUCAAAUUAAACAAUUGCGCGGCUUCAAAACGGAUCGUUCCAUUGAGGCGGAACAGAAACGCAAUCCGACGAUGUCAACCAGACUUAAAUCAGCGUUUCAAGGCACACCACAAAAGCCAGAUGGAGAAUUCCAAAUUCAAGCCGAUAAACUAAAGAGACUCAUUGCUAAAUCCGGCGAAAGUGGCAGCGUUCAAAAUGCGGAAAACAUCAAAAUUGCAUUUGCUGAAGGUUACUUGGCAGCAUCGAAUGCCGAGGACUCGCAGAAAUCAGGCAAAACAAUGAAAUAUCUUAAGUUUUUCCAGACAUUAAUAGUUAUCGUUGUCUUCAUUGGGAUCUUCUUGAGCUUUUUCACCUCAUCGAAUGGAUCGGUGUUUCGCAGUAUACAACUGGGGAACCAGGUCGAGGUGGAUCCUGAAGAAAUACACGUCACAUUCGAUGAUGUCAAGGGUUGCGAUGAAGCCAAACAGGAACUGAAAGAGGUUGUCGAGUUCCUUAAAAAUCCCGACAAGUUUUCCAAUUUGGGUGGCAAGCUGCCCAAAGGUGUUCUUCUUGUGGGCCCGCCCGGCACGGGAAAAACUUUGCUUGCACGUGCUGUCGCUGGCGAAGCAAACGUUCCAUUCUUCCAUGCCGCUGGACCCGAGUUUGACGAAGUUCUCGUUGGCCAGGGCGCCAGACGUGUGCGAGAUUUGUUCAAGGCAGCUAAAGCCCGCGCUCCCUGCGUGAUAUUCAUUGACGAAAUUGAUUCGGUUGGCGCAAAGCGCACAAAUUCCGUUCUGCAUCCGUAUGCGAAUCAGACCAUAAAUCAAUUGCUCUCCGAGAUGGAUGGUUUCCAUCAGAACGCUGGCGUCAUUGUUUUAGGUGCAACGAAUCGUCGAGACGAUUUGGAUCAGGCAUUGUUGCGUCCAGGUCGCUUUGACGUUGAAGUCAUGGUCUCGACGCCAGACUUUACAGGGCGCAAGGAAAUUCUUUCGUUGUAUUUGGAAAAGAUUCUGCACGAUGACGUGGAUUUAGACAUGUUAGCGCGUGGCACCUCAGGAUUUACUGGUGCAGAUUUGGAGAACAUGAUAAAUCAGGCAGCGUUAAGAGCGGCCAUUGAUGGAGCUGAGACUGUGAACAUGAAGCACUUGGAGACCGCUCGCGACAAAGUACUUAUGGGUCCAGAGCGUAAGGCGCGUCUGCCCGACGAGGAAGCAAACACAAUUACCGCAUACCAUGAGGGUGGCCAUGCGAUUGUCGCCUAUUACACCAAGGAAUCGCAUCCCCUGCAUAAGGUAACAAUUAUGCCGCGUGGUCCUUCUCUCGGCCACACCGCUUACAUCCCCGAAAAGGAACGCUACCAUGUCACAAAGGCGCAGCUGCUCGCCAUGAUGGACACAAUGAUGGGCGGCCGUGCUGCAGAGGAGAUCAUCUUUGGAACCGAAAAGAUCACGUCGGGAGCGAGCAGUGAUUUAAAACAAGCUACGGCAAUUGCCACUCACAUGGUAAAGGAUUGGGGCAUGUCUGAAAAAGUCGGUCUGCGAACCAUUGAGUCUGCCAAGGGUCUGGGGAGCGGAGAAACACUGGGACCCAACACUGUGGAGGCUGUCGAUACUGAGAUCAAGCGCAUUCUAAGCGACAGUUAUGAGCGAGCGAAGGCGAUCCUGAAGAAGCAUACAAAGGAACACAAAGCACUGGCUGAGGCCCUGUUAAAAUAUGAGACUCUGGAUGCUGACGAUAUCAAGGCAAUACUGAAUGACAACCAGUAGUAGAAGACGUAUUUCGAGGAGUGGAAUUAGUUGGGUCAUGUACUGCAUACAAACAAACAUAUAUACAUACAUUAAUAUAUAUAUAUAUACGUAUAUUUUAGUUACAAUAUUAUAAACGUGAAAACACACUGCGAAAGAAAUACUAUAUACAUAACAACAACAAACAAGGUCGGGACGCAGACGGACAGUUAAGAAUAAAAAUGUUAUACAUAUUUUUGUUAUGUUUUCAAUAACACCAUCGAAAGUUAUUUUGGAAUAAAAUCUAUAAAUUCACUAUAGAA